AUGGAUUCUCUUCAGGGCUACGCAUCAGAUAGCGACUCAGAGUCGGCAUCUCAGCAGCAGCAGCAGCAGCACACGGCGCCCGCAACUCACACUACCGCCGCUGCCGACAAGCCAAUACCAUCCGCACACGAUGACCAGGACCCAGAUUACGACCCCUCGGAUGCAUUCGGCCUCUCGUCCAUCGCAAACGAACAGGCACCGCAGGUCUCCACACCAGCACCCGCAGCAGCAGCAGCAGGAGUAGCCCGCGACGCACCGCCAUCAAAACGCCGCAGGGGCCCACCACCAGCCGCGACAGCACAUCCUUCUUCCGCCUCUACCUCCUCGUCGACAGCACCGCCGCCGCCGCCGCCGCUGACCUCGUCAUCCGCAGCGCUCACCCUAGCAGCCCCAGAGGUCAUCGACAACACCGCGUCCACCACCGCCCUCCUCACACGGCCCACCGACACCACCAUGCACGUCAACAUCCCCUACAAGGACAUGACCGCACCCGUCCUCGGCCCGCAGAACCCCUUCGCAUCAGAGGCACAGCGCCGCCUCGGAGCACAGCAAAACACCCUCAGCGGUCAUGUCGAGGCCGCCGCCAUCAGCGACUACGACUUCCGCAACCAGCAGCGCACCUUUGACGUGCAGGGCUACGCGCGCAACCCUUCGCUCCUCGGCGGCGGCGUCGCCCAGGGCGGCUGGGUCGGAGACGUCGGUGCCGUCGCGCAGGCCGACGGCGCCACCGCGUUCGAGCUGCGCGGCGGCGGCAAGGAGGGCAGGGCGGCCGCCAAGGAGCUGCGCAAGAAGCGCAAGGGGCAGAGCGGCGACCCGUCGAUUGUCGAGGGCGAGGGCGCCUACGUCGGGCCCUGGGGCGGCUGGAGCGGCGAAAAGGUCCACGUCGAGGGCGGCGUCGGCCCCACCGAGGCCGAGCUGGCGCGCGCCGAGGAGCUCAGCUCGAACCGCAAGAUUGAAAAGGAAAAGGCCGAGGCCAAGCGCCUCCAGGACGAGGAGGCCGGCACCGAAAAGAGCAUCUUCCACGGCAAGAGCAUGUACGACUACCAGGGUCGCACCUACAUGCACAUCCCCACCGACGUCGACGUCAACCUCGCCGGCGAGCCGGGCGCCACCGAGUCGUACCUGCCCAAGACGUGCGUCCACACCUUUACCGGCCACACCAAGGGCAUCUCGGCGCUCCGCCUCUUUCCCCAGUCGGGCCACCUCAUGCUCUCGGCCUCGAUGGACACCAAGAUCAAGCUGUGGGACGUCUACCACGAGGGCAGCUGCCUGCGCACCUUUAUGGGCCACUCCAAGGCCGUGCGCGACAUCUGCUUCUCCAACGACGGCCGCCGCUUCCUCUCUGCCGGCUACGACCGCCAGAUCAAGCUGUGGGACACUGAGACGGGCGCCUGCCUGCAGGCGUUUUCCAACGGCAAGGUGCCGUACUGCGUCAAGUUCCAUCCGGACGACGACAAGCAGAACACCUUCCUCGCCGGCAUGAGCGACAAGAAGAUUAUCCAGUACGACCUGGAUGCCUCGGAGAUUACGCAAGAGUACAACCAGCACCUGGGUCCCGUCAACACGAUCACGUUUGUCGACGAGAACCGGCGGUUCGUGUCGACGUCGGACGACAAGACGAUGCGGGUGUGGGACUACAACAUCCCGGUCAUGAUCAAGUACAUUGCCGAUCCGACGAUGCACUCGAUGCCGGCGGUGACGGUGCACCCCAACAAAAAGUGGAUGGCGUGCCAGAGCAUGGACAACCAGAUCCUCGUCUACAGCGCCGACUCGUUCAAGGCCAACCGCAAAAAGGCGUUCAAGGGCCACGCCGUCGCCGGGUUCGCGUGUCAGGUCUCGUUUAGCCCCGAUGGUCGGUUCAUCUCGAGCGGGGAUGGCGAGGGCAACCUCGUCUUCUGGGACUGGAAGUCGGGCAGGCUGCUUAAGCGCAUCAGCAGGGCGCACAAGGAGGCCAGCAUCUGCCACGAAUGGCUGCCCCACGAGUCGAGCAAACUCGUCAGCGGCGGAUGGGACGGCGUCAUUCGCAUGUGGGAUUAA